UGACGUCAUAUUUUCUAAUUUUUGUAUCUUUUUGUAUGUUGUUUUAUAAAAUAAAUCAAUGAAUAUUAACAACUUAUUGCAAAAUGUCAUAAUAUCAAAGGGUUGAAGUAAACCUGUAUCUAUUGGAUUUAAAAAUUUUCUUUAACAGUCUAAUGUAAUAUUUAUUAACUUCGGGCAGUUCCAGUCAAGCAGUAGUAGUAUUUUUAUGAUUAUGUACUACAUUUUAAAGUAACCUGGUUAGCUUUUGCUUAUAUUGAGAAUAUGUAUUAUGUUAAAUACAAAGUGUAAAUGAUUAAAUUAUUGAAAAUACAAACCCAUUUUACUUUUGUAAUUAAAUUUAUUAUUCAAGCUAAAGUUUGGACUAUGAUGUAGAUAAUCCAAUUUGAUACAUAAACAUUGUAAAAAUAAUCCAAAAAGUCUUAUUCAUAUUAGUGUUACGAUUACGAAAAUCUAUAUUUAUAAUGACAACAAAAUGGAUGCUGAAUAGAAAGCUAUUUCGUUUUUAUAAAUAUAAUGAUGGAAUGUUCGAUGAUUCUCUGAAUACACCGACCCGCUUUUAUUUGACUUUUUGCAAAAAAGCGACGGUACUUGAAAAAAUCAUGACAAAAAGUUAUUUUUGUCAGACAUUCAUUCCAUGCGGGCAUCAUACACAAAUGCGGAUAUCCAUUCCAUUUUAAUUGAGAUUCGUGAUUGUUAGUGCGAAUUAUAGUUAUGGAGACGCUCAUACUUGAGAGUUACGCUGAGGUGACAGUGACGACAUCUGGUGAAUCAGAGGAGCACUGCCACUGGAAGAGGCCGGAGCCUCCCAGUGCUGUACCUCAGCUGCUGGCGGCUUUGGUGCUUUGUUUCGUGUUUAUGAUAUGCGAGCUGAUCGGCGGCUACCUCGCCGGCAGUCUCUCGGUGAUGAGCGAUGCUGCUCACAUGUUAAGCGAUUGUGGAGGUUUCGCGUUGGCAUUGCUUGCCUUCCGCUGUGCUUCCCGACCUCCCACCGCCAGUAUGUCUUACGGAUAUCGACGAGCUGAAGUGCUAGGUGCAAUGGCGUCCGUGCUGUUAAUAUGGGCGUUGACGGGCGUGUUCGUGUACGUGGCCGCCGUGCGUAUACACACCGGCGAAUACCAUAUCGAACCAGACAUGAUGAUGAUAGUAUCUGGUUGUGGAGUCGGUUUUAAUGUAUUACUGGCUUUAGUGCUUCACGGAUGUGCUUCGGAUAUCGCUCACCACCACACACACGGGGGCGCGGCAUGCGGACACACACAUACACAUUCAGAGGCCUCUCCUCGGCGGUUUAAGCUAUUCCGGCGAAGAGAACACAAAAAUACAAAUGGGAACGUUCCCAAUGGUGAUUAUAGGAUGAAGGACCUAAGCGCUAGUGAUACAACGGUUAUAGGGAAUUCGCAAAGGAACAUAAACCUCCGUGCUGCGCUCAUUCACGUGAUCGGAGAUCUGAUUCAGAGCUGUGGGGUGCUCCUUGCAGCUGUCAUUAUUAAGUUUUACCCAGAAGCAAAGGUGAUAGAUCCCAUAUGUACGUUCGUGUUCAGCGUACUCGUCAUGCUCACAUCCGUGCGCGUCGUACGAGAUGCGCUCGCGAUCCUUAUGCAGGCUGUGCCUUCAGACUUCAGGUAUCGCGAGUGCGUGAGCGGCUUAUUAGCCGUGACGGGCGUGCGUCACGUGCACUCGGUCCACGCGUGGGCCUUGUCCACUCACCACAUUGUACUCACUGCACAUAUUGCCAUCGACGAGUUGGCGGAAUGGGAGGGAGUGCUGUCCACGUGCCAGAGGCUGGCGCGGUCCAUGGGCGUGAGCAGCGCCUGCUUCCAGGUGGAGCGGUUCUCGGGGGAGAUGGCUCUUUGCGAUACUUGCAAAAGACUCGCCGCGCCCUGACAUCUCUCCACGCUGUGUCGUUAGGCGAUAAGACGUGGGCAAACGACGACACAGGCGACUUUAUAAAUGUGAUAAAUGUAUUGAAAUGAAAUAACAUUCCUCUGUCUGACACCCGGUAGCUAGCCUCUAGCCUCUAAGAGAUCUAAGAAUUUAAAGUAUUUUUAUAGCUCCGCAGAUAUUAACGAUUCUGACGAUUUCAAUAUUUUUUCAUAAUCGUAGCUUAGAGAUGAUUAGGUUUUAGCUGAUCUCAGUAAUGCAGAGUGCGUAAGUUUCGAUUCACUGACAGUUUACACUUUUCCUUUGACAAUGUACAUUUAUAAUAUUAUUUCUGCCGAUUGGGAGCUCUGUUCAAAAGCAAAAAAUCAUACAAUUAUUUGGAGAAACCAGUUUCAGGUUUGAGUGGAUGGAGUGGUAAAUGUCCUAUCAUUCUGUGUUAAUUUUAGCUUUUUAUAAAGAGCGACAAUUAAACAGCACUUGUCCAAACAGAGCGCGUAAAUUACAUUUAAAAUUAAUUCAUACGCGUCUUCGCUCGCAUUAACGUUGUUUCAAACUAUUUACAACCCCUCGUUCGUGUAAUCGUUUCGAUGGGUGAAACCAAAUAAACUCAGGACGGCCCUUAUGCACUCCUGUUUUUAUUUCUCGUUAGCACAAAUAUAUAUUUUUCUCAGUUAUUUCUAGUGAAUUUGUUAAAAUUAUGCAUAAGUAUGUGCGUUCAAUGGAGUGCCAAAUAUAACCGGCUAUGUAAUGACAAAUAAAUUAACUUUAAGAGUAUUUAAAUGUAUAAAUGACUGUUAUGAUAUAGUUUAAUUAAGGUUUAAUAUAUCUUGAACAAGUAUUACAUUCGAAUGAACUCUCUCUACCAAAGAGAAGUUGAAUGCUUCUUUUCUUUUCAGCUUUCAAACCGUAUUUUCUUUAUGUUCGAUAUAUAUAUUCGCUCCGGGCAAGCCGACUGAGCGUAUUGGGCUGGUCCCAUUUGUUAGAUAAAGGUAGAUCCAAUCACCACAAAGUUUUAAAUUAUUUUCUCAAAUCUCUUCUUUCAGUAUUUCUAUUUCUUGAACUAGAUUUCGCUCAUUUCUUGCUCAAUUCUUGAAUUGAUUGUUGAAUUACUAGUUAUUGUCCACUGUACAGAGUUCUUCGAGAAAUAUAGUUUUAAGCGAUGAAUUUUGUGUAUGUAAACUUUGUAAAGGUCCGUAUAGUUUUGCGAAAAUGGAGCGUUGAAGUAAACAUUGGCCUAGUGUCCAAAGAUUCCCUCAAAUGGUGUACUUAAAUGUUUUUAAUAUUAUGCUCAAAUCUGUAUUGUGAUAGCUUUGUAAAUAUUAAUGUUAAUUGUAAAUACACUACUGCACAAUAACAUGGAAGACACAUUUUUGCGUUCGUUCUCGAAUAGAAGGUCCAGUUUAAGAAUACGGGACGUUCCAUGAGUUCGCAUUUACCAGACUAGUAGGUGAUCUUGGAAAACCCGAUUAUUUAGGAGAAUGCGGCUUCAUGUUAUUGUGUUUUCAUAUGUAGUGCAAUACUUGUAUAUACGUAUUAAAAAUGGAGAAACUCGAAAUUCUAAUAUUAUGAUGAACUAAUUUAUAAUAGUAUUAGAAUUUCCUGUAUAAAUGUCUGACGUAGUGAAUUCGUUUAA